CGACCGUAGCCCCCACCAGAUACGUAAGCGUGUGUCACGCUCCGGAUAGCUCUCGGUGCGUGCCUAUUAUCGAGGAGGGGGUAAGGGACGCGUGUAGCAACGGCGCCGCUAGUAGGGGUAACCUGGCAGGCGGCGCGAGGUGGGGAUGGAAUUACGCUUCGCGUAGGAACCGUCAGUAGUAUCGUGCUGUCUGCCGUGCGGGUCGGAUGCAAAGAGCCGCGACGACGCGAGUCCCGUGUCUCUCGUUUCACCCCCUCAUCACAAGCCAUCCUCUCUCUCGUCUGACGGAAGCGACGUCAACGAACGUCGAACCGCGCGCGUUCUUUUCUUCCCCCCUCUCUCUUUCUUUCUUUCUCUUUCUCUUCUUUUGAGUUCCACGAGAGUGCGGGAUCCGAAACGCUCUCCGGGAUCCGGAAGAGUCUAAUCGCGGGCCACGGAAAGGGACGUCGCUCGCGCAGCUCCGCGCUCUCGCUCGUCAGAUUUCAACCCCCGUAGACGACGACCGAUCGCGUUCGCGCGGAUAAUACAUAUAUCCAGAUAUAUAUGUCGUGAUGCCGCGGGGUGAGCGACGCGCGCCGAGAGGACUCGCAGCCGUGGGUGCUUCGAUCUCGUCCUGACGAUACCGUCAUCACCUCGUGCGUCAAGAGUGGACACACUAGUGGUGCGUUCGGUAAUGUUCGUGUGAGGGUGCGAGGGGAGAGAGAAAGAGAGAGAGAGAGAGAGAGAGACGCGGUGGUGUAUCAUUUUAUAUAUCGUGCGCGUAUACGCGGAUGGAUCGGGGGUACGUCUUUAGAGAUUAUGUCCGGCUCGGUCCGCUCGCGAGUUUAACGAGAGAGAAAAAUCGAACCCGUACUCUCCUCUCGAGCGCCGAAAGUGAGUGCUUGUGUAUGCGACGUGUGCAACAACACGUGUGACAGGUCACCCUCCCCAGCAAGUUUGUUACCCUGUCGCGGAUCAUACGUUUUCUUCGGCCGCGAAAGGUGUUUGUUUGUUUUGGUGUGCACGGAAUAUUAUAUAUAUAUAUUGUAUAUAUAUAUAUAUAUACAUAGAGUGCUUGUACGCGACGAAUUCAUCCACGUAGGAUAUGUCUAUGUAGUGCUCGCGAGCUCUAUGGGAAUCGGAACUACGAUGGCCGGAUACUCCAGUGCGCUCAAUACGGAUUUCGCUCCGGAAUCAGCGCGGAGGAUGCGACGAUCGGCGAUCGAUGCUAUCGGGGAUGCCAAGGAAUCCGCCGGAUGCGCGAUAACAAGAUUAUCAGGGAGCCUCCCACAUCCGCCCAUCGGCACGAAGCCAUUCUGCAAAACAAACAGGAACGCGUGCAGAAAAGUUGGACGAAGAACAGCGCCGUUAAUAAUUUGCCUCUCGCUGUUGAUGACAAUAGAAGCGAAGACAGUGGCUGCUACGAAUGUGACAAACGCGUCAUCGCUAGCAGUAUCGACGCAAAAGCCGUUUACAACGACGGAAGUAGUUUAUCAGCGAUUCGCCAUCGAGCCGAUGGAUCAAACUGCGGUGAUUGGCAGUCGAGUGACGCUUCCAUGCCGAGUACUUGAUCAGAAGGGGCCCAUUCAAUGGACCAAGGACGACUUUGGUCUGGGAGCAGUUAGGAAUCUCACCGGAUACGAGCGAUACGCCAUGAUCGGCAGCGACGAAGAAGGUGAUUUCUCGCUACACAUAUAUCCGGUGGAACUCGAGGACGACGGUACGUAUCAAUGUCAGGCUUCGCCGACAAACGACGGACAGCCGGCUUUACGAUCGAGAUUUGCCAGGCUGAGUGUGCUAGUGCCGCCGCAGAAGCCGAAGAUACUGCAAGGAGACUUCCUCGUCACCACGGAGGAUCGCGAGUUGGUGAUCGAGUGCAUAAGCGUCGCCGGAAAACCGCCUGCCGAGAUCACGUGGAUCGAUGGACUGGGCAACGUGCUACAUCGUGGCAUCAAAACCUCGAAGGAGCUGUUCGAUAACGGUCCUCUCCACACGGUAAAGUCCACCCUGAGAGUGAUGCCGCGGAAGGAUCACGACAACACAACCUUCACGUGCCAAAGUCAAAAUGCGGCGGAUCGUUCGCCGCAAAGCGCCAAACUACGCGUCGAGGUACGUUACGCACCGAAGGUGUCCCUCUCGAAGAUCGAUCGUAUAGUUGAAGGCUCCGAGCUUAGGUUCAAAUGUUGCGCCGAGGCCAAUCCAUCCGAGGUGGAAUACAGGUGGUUUAUCAACAAGAAAAAAGUGAUCGGCGAUUAUACCACGGAGAUGAUUAUUCACAACGCUACUCGCGAUCUGCACGACGCGACUGUAAAGUGCGAGGUUUCUAACGACGUCGGUAAAAGCGAGGAGAGUCAAACCUUAGAUAUAAGAUACGGCCCACAAUUUCGGCACCCGCCCGUAUCCGUGGAAACGCAUUACGGCGCGACCGAGAUUUUGCAGUGCGACGUGGACGGGAAUCCGACGCCAGAGAUCCUCUGGUACCACGAGGACUCGGAGCGAACGGUCGCCACCAGUCCGAAUAUAAGUGUCUUUGUGGGUCCGGACACCGCCGGACGUUACUAUUGCAAAGCCCGGGUGCCCGGUUUCCCGGAAUUGACCGGUUACGCCAACAUCUAUAUUCGCGCCCCGCCGAGCAUCGUCUCGCAAAGGAUCCAGUACGUGCCCGACGAGGGAGUGGUCAAGGUUAAGUGCACCGCGAUAUCUGUGCCAAAAGCGGAAUCGGUGGUGUGGAGUUUCGCCGGUCGCGAGCUCAAUUUCACGUCGAACAAUACGCCGUUCUACGUGCAAGAGGAAUACACGGGCGAGAGGAUAGUCAGCACUGUCACCCUGCUGGAUCCCAUAUCGACGUACUUCGGGGAUUACAACUGCACGGUCACAAACAGCUUCGGCACGGAUUCCGUCAUCAUCAAGCUGACGGCACACACGUUGAUUCCAGUCGAUUGGCAACUGAUCUUGAUCAUCGUUGGCUUGGUUGUCUGCCUGAUCCUGAUUGGCAUAAUAGUCAUUCUCAUUCUACAAUGUCGCGAUCGUAUUAAGCAGCCACGGCCGCGAACAACGCAAAAUCCAGAGACCGAUAUGCAGGAAACCGAUUCUAACGCCGAUCGAUACAGAGAAAGCGAUAGGAGUAGCAACCUCUCAGAUGUCAAAGCGGACAUUCGAGCAGGAUCUAGCGUCAGCAAUGCGGAAAGUGUCACGGCUCUUGACAGUGAAGGCGAAGGAAGUACAAGAGGAGUGAACGCCUUGGCGCUUGCUGGACCAGUACCGAAUCCUUUAUCCGGUUAUCGUUACAGCGCUGAUUACACCGAGCCCUCUUUCCCGCCGAAGAAUAAUGAUGGAAGUAACAACAACGGUUACGUGCCAUACGUUGACUACACUCGCGAUUAUAUGCCACCAACGACACAGAGUGUGGGUGCCUCGCGAGAGUCCUUGAGCAGGAUACCAUCGAGUGGCAUUUUAUCAUCGAAAAAAAUCGGACUGAGCUCGGCCAAUCUUGGUGCUUCAACUCCGCAAACAACGCCGAUCGAUCCGCGAUUUUCCGCGACAUAUGGCAAUCCCUACCUCAGAAUGUCAGCGGCCGAGCAGCUCCGACACGCGCCGCACACAGCCGUGCCGGGAGUCACGCCGGCACCACCGCCAUACACGCAGGCAAUGAGAAUGAAUAGCUUGAAUACCUUGAACGGCGCUGGCCCGCAGGCUCCAUUAUCAGCGCAUUAUAUCACCGGCGGUCCAAAUGGUGCCAUGGCGACAGUGAAACGCACAUCGGCGGUGGGCACGUUAGCAACGCACGUAUGAGGCCAGGGGAUUUAUCCGAAUUAGAACCGUCGAUACUCGGGCCUAACUGAAACCACCUUCGAACUCGGCCGUGUCCUCGGGACAUCCCGCUAUUCGCUCGGUUCAUGCGCGGCGACAACGAUAAAGUCGACGACGCAGGAUCCCCGAUACCCUGUUGACGAAUCCGAACGAAGUCGAUAUCGCUACGAUGGGAUCCGCUAUAACACGGAACGUUUACGUUACAGAGCCGAGUGUGAGCGACUUCUAGGGCGAAGGUCGCGGGGCGAUAUGGGUCAUGGCGGAGCCACGGACCGAGCACAACGGAUGGCCGAGAAUGGCGAGGCGCUCAAGUAUAUUGAACUGGUUCUUCGACAGUUGCGAAGAGCCAGCAGAGAUCAUCAGGAACUCGUGCGGCAACGUCACGUGGACUUCCAGCACGAGAUCAGUAAGCGAAUCAACGAGAGAGUCUGGCAUCAUCGAGAUGGACGCGAAGAUUCGUUACACGCGUCUAGAACUUGGUCCAGAUCCUCGAGUAGCCCUUGGGAAUCGGAUGUGACUUUGCGGAAAACGCGACCGGACGUCACGACGAGAUUGUUGACGAAGAGAAGAAAUUAUGGGGGAACGGCGCAGAAUACAGUCAAUAUUCUGAGACCAGGCCCCUACGGACACGUUCAGGAUGCAGUAGUUGGGACCGCUUAUCAAGAGAUGAGAUACGUUCCUGACAAUGUUGAUUGGAAGGGUGCGCAGGAAAUGUUUGGUGCGUGGAGUCUGCCUGAAGCUUCGUCGAGCAGCGAUAGAAAGACAUCUUCCACCGUCGUUUAGCGCAAAGAAAAAUCUGCCGCUAAUGAAAUUCGACGAAAUUAGGAAGGUAUCGUAUGUAAAUGCGUCAAUGAACGUUUCGGUCGUGGUUAAUGAUACGCUUGCGCUAGGAUUACACUUGAAAUCAAACUGUCUCGUUGCGAUGGUGAACGUAACACACGCUGAUGAGACACACUGCCAGUGCGGAAAAGACGCCAAUAUCGAAGGGAACGGACUCUCCCUUUUUGGGUCAAUAAGAUUAGAUUUAAGAAGAAGAGCGCCGUGAGUAGUGUGCUCUCGAACGAAAUUCGUGAGUACGAGGGGUGGCGAUGUUGGUUGGGUUCGUGGAUCGAAGGCACUCUCUUCGGUCAGUGGCGAAAACAGACCACUCGGUAUCGACAAUCUUCUAUUGACAUACUUUAGAUCUUCUAUAUAAUAAGCGUUUAAUAAGACUCGCUCGAGCGACGAGAAACGAAAAGUCCGAACGAAUCACGUCGCGAAUUGUUGCUGUCGCGGUGGUAGCCGAAUACUGAAAAGUGCGUGAUAUCGUUGAGAUACGCGAUUAUUUUCGCAAAAUAUCGAGAAUGAUUUAUGAGGCUGAAAGCUUUAUCGUGUAGAUUUUUCUGGUAAUUUACGGAGAAGCUGGGUUUACAUUUGUCAUAUAAUUACAUUUGUGAUAAUUUUCUCAUUAGCAAUGAGAUGGUAAAAGUCUUUCUUAGAGCAAUUAUUUUAAUGCAUUAAAUAAUCUUGGCAAUAAAGUUAAAAUACGAUAUAUUAAAGAAAGAUACAAAUUUUCAAAUAUACAUAUAUAUAUAUAUAUAUAUAAAACAUCAAAGAUUUCAUUGUAGAUUUCCGUCCUAUAGAACGCUUUCUUUUUAAUUCGCACUACAGUGAAAAUUUGAUAUCUUCUUAUAUUAGCGGGUUUGUUUUAUCACGAAAGAAAGAUAUUAAUUGUGGCUGAGAAUCUGAAUCUAUCGAUUAUCAGACGUUGUACUCAUCGAGCACCAUGAACAUAAAUGCAACGAAUGUCAAAUGUAAACCUAAUCCUAAUGUAACGCGAAGAUGUCUCGGCUGCCACUUCGAUGUUUACUGUGUCGCGCUGCCUUUUUGUAUUUGUAGGGAAAAAUAAUUGAGAGAUUAGCUUAUAAGAAAUGUUCAGCAUCCGCAAAUUAAGGACGCACGUUAAGGAUUAACGACGACGUCGCGACGGUCACGUGGCUUACGUGAUGACGAUAAGUCCGUGACUUCGCGUUUUCUCCGGCCUCAAGUUCCACGUGCGACGAACAGAUAGUAAAUAGCGCAAGUCCGCGCGAAGGGAAUCGAUCACCGUGUGUUUUGCGGUUGUUCGCAUUUGUAAAAUAGAUAGCGAAAAAUCAUUAGAUAUAUAUAUAUAUAAAUAUAUUAUACACCUGUUGUCAAUAUGAGCAUAGGGCCUAUAUAUAGUUUGACGGCACUACGUGAAAGCGAAUUCUAUUUGAAAUAAGCUCGUUCGCGAGAUGGGACGGCUUCGUGUAAAUAUCUAUUGAUAAAUGAUAUAUAUAUAAAAAAAACGUAACGAAAAAUACGAAACGGCGCGAUGUUCUCCACGGCGUUGUGGUUUCGUCGCGCAUAUUUUCCCCCAAAAAAGAAAAACGCGCGACUAAAGCCCCGCGUAAUCUCAUUUAUAACGAGUUAAGUUAUUAUUAUUUUUUUAGCAUAUAUCUUUUCUGCUUCGAUACGCCGUAGCUCGUUACCGAGGAUCGCAAGAUUCAAAAGAGGAACUUGAUAAGUCCAUUUCUUAUUCUUACAGAUUCUAAUAUCACAAAAAUUAAAAUAUGAUUUAACUAUAAUAAUAAUUUUUAUAGCAUCCAAAAUAAGUAAUCUAAUAUGUAAAGAAUUUGAGAAACUAGAUUUAAAAUAUUGUGACAAAGCUAAAUAAAUCUGUGGUUUAAGAAAUGCGUUGCCAACAGAUUGAAAUAUCCAGGCGAAUUUAAUAAGUAAUAAAAAUACGCAUCAUUUCUGAAUUCAAAAGUUUUUGAAGACGAAACUUAUGACUUAUCAGCUUCGAGAACGAUUUAUGGCGCGAUCGAUCCUCGAUUUAUUCUAGUGCGAUCGAGAAGAAGCGUAUCUUGAAAAAUACGUCGUGAUGUAUAGAGUGGACAUGGGGGAUACCAUUCAUAAUGAUAACGAAACAGGGUAGCCUAUCAAUUAUUAAGAGAAUUUCAAAAAACGAAGGCUGCACAUAUUACAGACUGGGCCGUACGCGCGUAUCCUGCAUAUCCGUCAGGAUAUCAUGAUUAAUUCACGCGAGGAAUUCUCAACACGAUUCGCAUUAUUGUCGAAGGAGGGGAAAAUUAUUAUUAAACGAUCGUCGCACGUUGAAAAGCUAAAAUUCCAGGCCGCGAAUACACGAUAUUCGUGUCGUCGGGAGAUAUCUUUAUAUUGUAACGUCUGUAACAUAACUUCUGUACAUAUCUGGAAUUAUUGCUCACCGUAUCUCGUAAGAUUUAGUUAGUUUUGUAUCUGUGAACCACUAUGUGUGCGUACUUCACACUCUCUACGAGAAGCGUCCCGCGUCAGAUGUCUCGUCCCGAAGUAAUAGAAUCGUCCUAAGAGCUCUUUCUUUUUAUAAGAAUUCGCAAACUUAACGAAAAAAUUAUACGGCUUAUUUUCCAGUAAGAACGAUCGUGACAUUUUUCCUUCGAAGCAAAUGACACGUCGACGAAAUCACAAUAUAGGGAGGGCUUUAAGUGAAGUCAACUAUCAACUGAAUGUAUUGAAUGUACAUUUUACUUAACUGACCACAUCCACGUAAAAAGGAUUUUGACAAUCUUAAAUUAAAUUUUUAAAUUAUUAAUUGAAAUU